AUGACAGUCAACCGACCCACUCGGACGCAAGUCGUUCCGCUUGUCAAGCGGCACCAUAAUUUCUCGGUACACUACACAUCCCUCAGAAAGGCCCGGGAGAAACCCCCAGCUGAGCUCUCCAGAGAGAACCUUCAAAGACUCAUGUUGGCCAUCAAACCUCCACGCAAGAGCUCUCCGAAGAUAUCGGUAUACUGUGGUGUUGAGAUCCAGACCUUGGCACGUCUGUACUCAUUAGACUUUCAUCCCAUGAUCUCCAUCGACAUUGCUCCAGCAACUGUUCAAGAGCGCAGUUGCGCUUCGCUUUCUCUAUGUGAGCCCUCGUCUGCUCCGCGUAAUGGCGUUCGCCAUGUACUCGACACGUAUGAGCCCAUGAGAACCCUCCAAGAAUGGCUGUGGAAGAAUCUUCUGGCGGCAUCGAAUAGAAGAAAGCGACCUUGUUCGCUUCGAAUGGAUCAUGAGACUGGUGCCAAAUUCAUACAUGCCGUCCUCAUCAACAGCAACACCAGCCCAAUGGGAGCUAUGCCUCUGUGGCCUCUUUCAGCUACUGCAGGUGAGGCUUCCGUCAAGGUAACCUCUCUCAAUGGUGGUCUUGCCGCCGCGCAGAGUCCACGAUCUUUCGUUGAUCCCUCUGUUCAAGCUCGGGUUGAACAUGUUUACGCUAUGGGUUGGUCAUGCGCAUCUCGACAAAAUAUGCUGCCAUCAGAAGUCUCUCGAAACCCAGUUGCAUUUCUGUCCUCUGACGAUGCCGCCCUAUACACAAAUCCGAAAAGCCAACAAGAACCUCCUCCAUCAACCGGCGAAGAUACAGUGGCUCUUUUAGAUGAUUGCCGAGAAGUCAUUGAACAGAUCUUCGAACGCACUGCGGCUUACCCUGAGGAUUGGUACACAUAUGCCCCCAUGUGGCUGGUCUUGAGGGCGCGAAAGACUCAAUACGAAGACAAGUGCAACAUACUCGAGAAGGCGAGAUUGGAAGACAUACUCACGGGAGCAGCCAAUAACAGGGAAAAGGUCGAACGCGAGGAUAUGCCAGGCUCACCUAUGUCCCUCGCCGACAGAGGCAUUACCUUUAAGGAUGACUCGUCGAUGUCCCUCGCCAAUUUCAGUCCCUAG